ACACAGAGUGGUGGGGUGCUGACAUGGCGGACAACGACUUCGUCACUAGGGCGCGAGGUAACAGGUGGCUCCGCGUCGCGGCAGGUGAUUCGGGCCUUUUUUUGCGCGACCGAGCACGGGCUCGCCAGUUCCCAUUGUUUCCUCGGCAUCGCGGCAGCGACGCGCGUUGCAUCACGCCAGGUGGGAUCGCAGCAGGUGUGGGGACGUCCUGUUCCCAGGAGAGGCAUGACGUGCCGCCGCUUCGCGACGCGACGUUGCUCCAGGUCGGCGGUCUGAAAGGGUUACGCAUGAAAGGCCGGGGCUGCGGCAAGAUCAAGAGCGAGACAAUGCCGCCGUCCUCGCACACCAACUGGACGAGGCCGCUACUCAAGGGCGGGCAGACCAUGCAGAUGCAGGUGAAGCAGCAGUCGACGACGAGCACGGCGAUGCCGUCGUCGUCGGCGGCGGCUGCUGGCGCCAGCGUAGCUCAAAACGAUGCAGCGACGCCACUCGACAAACGGAUCAAGGUGGUCCUGGUGGGCGACGGCGCCGUCGGCAAGACCAGCCUGGUGGUCUCGUACUCAACCAACGGCUUCCCGGGGGAAUACGUGCCAACCGCUUUCGACAAUUACAAUGUGGUUGUGAAUGUUGACGGCCAACCGCUGAACGUCCAACUGUGCGACACAGCAGGCCAGGAUGACUUUGAUCCGUUGCGGUCCUUGUGCUAUCCUGAGACGGAUGUGUUUCUAGUUUGCUUCAGCGUCGUGUGUCCCUCGUCCUAUCACAGUGUGGCUUCCAGGUGGAUUAACGAAGUGCGGAAAUACUGCCCGAAUGCUCCGAUCAUUUUGGUAGGAACUAAAUGCGACCUGAGAUCGGACGUGCGUCUAAUGCUGCAACUUGCCAGAUACGGCCAGGCGCCGAUCACCACUAUCCAGGGUCACCAGCUGGCGCAAAGGCUAGGCGCCGUGAAUUACGUGGAGACGUCCGCGUUGACGCAACACGACCUCAAGGAGGCUUUCGACCAAGCGAUAGUCAGUGCCCUCAAUACGAGGCGCGGCGGUGCUAGCUUAUUAUACCGGCGUAGGAAGCCGCCCCCGCUGUGGCGUAGAUGGUUGUGCUGCUGGGGACGAUCGUCUUCGAGCGAGACUUAAACCGAGAUAUCCUAACGUGAUAGACUAUAUAAACUUCUCUAGAAUCCCUCUGUGAUCACAGGCGGUCGCUGUCCGCCACUGUCAGAAUCGCAAGCAUGACGUAUUCGAUUACGUUACGUUUUCUCGUUGACGAUUAUCCUGACAGGUAGAAAAGAGAGAGAGAGAGCAGCUCUAGUAUUUUGUUAUUUAGAUUUUAGACGAGCGGGCAGCAGAUUGUUUCGCGGCGCGAACGACCGGGAAAAAGCGUCUUGACACCGGACUCUUAAGGCCGUUCUACAACAUAUAAACCAUCGGUUGUAAAAAAUCUAUAAUAAGGCAAUCAGUCAGACUAUUAUGAUGCAUUCUGAUUGGACGACGUAUCUUUACCCCAUCUGUAGAUUAAUCAUGUCGUAGAACAUUCACUAUCACGCUAUUGUAGAACGGCAUUGACGAGUUCCACCGGUAGAUACCUCACGCACAAUCAAGUUAGAGUAACAACUCUCGCGCGCGCGCGCAACGCUCUUUACCUCGGCGAGUCGCGCGAAGCCUUCGUUUUACACGGUUUUCUGCACGUUUUACGCGUGCGAUCUAACGAACUGCCUAACAACGCCCGAGGAUACGAAGUUGUUUGCAAUAUCUCACACAGUGCCGGCACUAAUGACUCAGCAGCCUAACGGAAGCGACUCGAGGAUUACGCGACGAUUUACGAAUAUAUGUCCGAAAGCUACGUGACUGAUGAACGUUAGACGAAUCACACGGCAGAUGAAAAACGUUCUGACAGACGGAGCGAGCGCCGCCCGUAAAAAAAAUUCCUGAAGACGCCCACCCGGCAUAAUUUAUUGUAAUAUUAAUCGUAUUAAUCAUUAUUUUUGUUACUAGCAUGUAAUUGGCUACUCGCUGGUUGUGAUUUUUGUACGUAAUAUCUGUUUUAAUUGUCGCGGUAAGAUCGGUUCUUNUUUUACUGCCCCCCCCCCCCCUCCUUCUCCAUUGAAGGUAAUUAAGCGGAGCCAUUGCGCCCUUCCACGACCACACGUGGCGUAUAUAACAAUUGUAUAUUUUUUACUUGUUGCGACACGACGUGCAUAUAUAUAAAUAUAUUUAUUUUUUAAUAUCUCUUUGAUAUAUAUACAUAUAUAUGUACAUCGGUAUUUUAGUAGAAGUAAAAGUUAGGCUUUAAUCGCUAUUCUCGCAAACCUAGUGACAUCACACGUAUACACGGAAGAUUUAUAUACGUAUAAUAUUGUAAAACGACCGAUAAACGGAGCGAUGAUAUUUCGUAUGACGUGUUUUUUUUUUUUUUUAUAUAAACUUAUGUGAUGUAGUGUUUGUACGAACGCGAUAGCAGUAAUGAUAUAUAGGGGAGAAAAUAUCAAACUCUCGAACGAAAUUCUAGCGAAGAGUAGUAGAGACGCGCGAACAGAACCCGACGUUCACUCUCAACGAUCCAGGUUCGUACUCAGAGUUGGUAGAAAAAGAAAAAAAAAACACGCUGUGAUCUUACCGGAGGAAAAAGAAAAAUGUCUUCUGGAGGUUCUCUACUGUAUGUCGCAUACGGAAUUGUAUGAAUAAGACUGCAGAUAAGAUUCAAAACCGCAUAAUAUGUAUAGACUUAACUUGCUGUAACACUUUGUUUCUAUGAAGGCGCAUCAAAAAUAAAUUGUAUAUAAAUAUUUA